AUGUUCAAAACUACAGUUAAAAUUAUUGAUUAUCCUCGUUCAUUAGCUGUAACAUCCAUGCUUGGAUAUAUGAUUGGUCUUGUUGAUUUGAAAUCUGGACAAAUAAUUCAUAUUGAUUAUAAUAUUUGUUUUGAAAAAGGUAAAAAAUUACGUGUACCAGAAAAAGUUCCAUAUCGUUUAACCCAAAAUUUACAAAAUGCACUUGGUAUUGCUGAACUUGAAGGUGUUUUUCACUAUCAUCAGAAAAUGUUCUUAAAAUAUUACGAAGCACAUAUCGACUUAAAAUCAAAUAUAUUCUAUGAUAAACUUUACGAUUUCGUUGAAAAUGAUAAUGUUUUAAUUAGUACAUCACCUGUUGUACUUGCUGCAGAUUUUCUUCAAACAGCCUGCAAAACAACACUUCUUCAUCAAAGUGAACAAUUGGAUGAUGAAUUACGAAAUACUUUAAAAGUUUAUCGAACAGCACGACAACAAACAGUUACCAAUAUUUUAAAAAAUCUUGUUGAUCUAUGUCAAUAUUUACCUAUUGAUUAUAUUGAAUCAUCAUUAUUAACAAAACUAAAAGAUCGUUUAAGUGAACUUUGUAAUAAUUUUACAACAGAAAAGUUUUUCUCUCAUGCAUACUUUAAUCUAUUAAAAUAG